ACAGCACUGUAUGCUGAUGAUUCGAAACUUUACAAGAGCAUAUCCUGUCUCGGUAGCUGUGAAAGCCUCCAACAAUCCCUGAAUCAUCUGAGUAUAUGGAGCCAUAACAACAAUAUUAGUUUUAACGCAUCGAAGUGUAAGGUAUUGACAGUAACCCGAAAAAGCAAUCUACUAUGUUUUGAUUACCAUCUUGGAAAUACGACGCUGGUCCACGUUAGAAAAGAAAAAGACCUGGGAUAUAUCAUUACCAACCACCUCACUUGGGAUCAACAAGUCCUCGUUGAGGUGUGCAAAGCCAACAAAAUGCUUGGACUCUUACGUAGGACAUUCCCCUUGCUGACCAACACGAAAGUGCGGCGUUCCUUGUACCUCUCCCUGGUGAAGUGCCACCUCGAUUAUGCUACCCAUGUCUGGUCUCCAGCACUUACUUCACUGAAAAUCAAAAUUGAAAAUGUUCAAAGAAGGGCAAUGAGGUGGAUCCUCAAGCAACGAAAAGGUGAACAGUCGUACAAGGAAAGACUGGUGACCUUGAAGUCACUGCCAUUAUGUUACGAUCGCGAAGUAAAGGAUUUGGUUUUCUUUUACAAGGCGAUGCACGGGUAUAUAAAUUUGGAUAUCAAUAACUUUGUUUCCUUUGUAACCCACGGCCGUACUAGGUUAAGCGAAGCGAGAACUCUAAAAUCUCCGUCCUACAGAACAAGCACCUUCCAAGGAUCGUACUUCAACCGUAUAGUCAAGCUCUGA